UUUGACCUAUCAAACGCCAGAAUUGAGCAUGUUCCCUUGCGACGUCGUGUCCGAUUCUAAAUGUGCCCGUGGUCGCAUUGCCUGUAAAAUUCCCAUACAGCAGCACACCCCGUAUCAACCACGCUCAAUCACAGCCUGGGGUGCUUGGUGCUUCGCAAGGUACGCUAUGGAAGCUCAUUGAUUGUUUUUUUUUUCCAUUCGACUUCUCUAUCUCCUCUCUCUCUCUCUUUUGCUGCACUUCGGCCUCGCAUCUGCAAGUCGCCCAUCAUGGCUGCCAUGGGCCGGUUAGGCUUCUUGGCCACUGCGGUCAUCUUUCACCUGGUUUACAUUUACUCCAUAUUCGACAUCUACUUUGUCAGCCCUAUUGUCUCUGGCAUGCAAUUAGUUCCUGUGGACCGUCCCGCAAACACCAAAAGUCCUGCGAAUCGAUUAGUCCUGUUUGUCGGCGACGGGUUACGAGCCGACAAAGCAUUCCAGGCCUUUCCUGAGCCAUACCCCGAAUCAGAAGAAGACCUUGUUCCCAGGCACUUGGCCCCCUUUCUUCGUUCUCGAGCUCUCCAACAUGGAACCUUUGGAGUUUCGCACACGCGCGUUCCGACCGAAUCCCGUCCCGGCCAUGUGGCCCUGAUCGCUGGACUUUACGAAGACGUUUCCGCAGUGGCAACUGGGUGGAAGCUCAAUCCCGUCAACUUUGACAGCGUCUUCAACAGGAGUCAACACACCUGGAGCUGGGGCAGUCCUGAUAUUUUACCCAUGUUUGAGCGCGGCGCUGUUCCUGGUCGAGUUGAUGCACACACAUAUGAUGCUGAGUUUGAAGAUUUCUCGAAAGAUGCAACUCACCUUGACUUCUGGGUGUUUGACCAUGUUAAAGAAUUAUUCACCAAGGCCGCCACCAAUAAAACACUUGAUCGGGCCCUUCGACAGGAGAAGGUUGUUUUCUUCCUUCAUCUACUUGGUCUGGAUACAACUGGGCAUUCGUAUAGACCCUACUCCAAGGAGUAUCUGCAUAACCUUCAGAUCGUCGAUAAAGGCGUUCAGGAGGUGACCGACCUUAUCCAACGAUUCUAUGCAGAUGAUCGGACUGCUUUUGUCUUCACUGCGGACCAUGGCAUGAGUGACUGGGGCAGUCACGGUGAUGGCCAUCCAGACAACACCAGAACACCCCUGAUAUGCUGGGGCUCGGGUGUGGCUUCCCCUAAUCUCUAUCCGGGGACAAUAGCCCCAGGUCACGACGACUAUUCAGCUGAUUGGGGGCUGGAUCAUGUUCAAAGACAUGAUGUUGCGCAAGCUGAUGUUGCUGCGUUAAUGUCCCAUCUCAUCGGCACCGAGUUUCCUGUGAACUCUGUAGGAAAACUGCCUCUCUCGUAUCUAUCCGCAAACAACCGGCAAAAGGCAGAAGCAUUGCUGCUCAAUGCCCGUGAAAUAUUGGAGAUGUACAAGGUGAAGGAGCAAAAGAAGCAAGCGAAUGAAAUGAGAUAUAAGCCAUUUGGUGCUUUCAGCGGCGCAGAGCUGGCUCCGUCACAGCGAGUAGCUCACAUUGAUCAGCUAAUAUCUCAGGGGAAAUAUGAGGAGGCCAUUGAGGAAUCUGACGCCCUCAUAAAUAUUACGCUUGAAGGGUUGCGCUACCUCCAAACAUACGAUUGGCUGUUUUUGCGUGCCUUGAUCACGGUUGGAUAUCUUGGCUGGAUAGCAUACGCCAUCACAACGGUCAUCGAUUUAUAUGUGAUUCCGACGUCGACUGUACCCCAGCGCAAUACCUCGAGUGUUCUCGGCUUUUUCUCAGUCUUGGCGGCACUAUAUGCGUCCUUCAUUGCUUCGAAAUCCCCCCUUACGUACUAUGCGUAUGCAUUCUUCCCUGUUGUCUUCUGGGAAGAAGUUUAUGCGCAAAGGUUCAGUCUGCAUGAAGGAGGCAAAAUACUCUUUGGACACAUUGGAUCGGCUGGCGGUGUUGUAACAUUUAUCGUAAAUGCGUUUGCUUACUGCGCCAUUCUGGUUUCUUUGGCUCUCGGUUACGAUCACCGCGAGAUAUUGACUGGGCUAUUCAUCCUGGGGGCAGCAUGGCCCGCCAUGUCUGGCACAUCCUUUAUUCGCUCAAAUAUCCUUCUUAGCGCGGCAUGGGCCAUAUUCUGUAUGGUUAUGAGCACUUUUACGCUCUUACCCGCCAUGAAAGUCGAGAAUGUGGACCUAAUUGUAAUCAGCGGUGUAAUCCUGAGCCUUAUCGGCAUAUUCUAUAUGGCAUCUGAGCCCAUGAUUUUAUCAGACUUCUCUUACCAGAAGGCUAAACUUAACUACACUUCAAAUUCGCUCGUCAGCAGGACUGUGACGGGUGUUCAGGUCGGACUCGUUAUUCUUGCAACCUUGGUAACUCGCUCUAGCGCUCUAUCUCUUCAAGCCAAACAGGGCUUGCCUUUGGGGAAUCAAAUCAUGGCAUGGAUCAUUUUGGUUUCAUCGUUUUUGAUGCCGACGCUCCAUCGAUUGCAGCCAAACAGCAAUUUUAUGCAUCGUUUGGCAAUGAUUUUCUUCACAUGCGCCCCGACAUUUAUAAUCCUCACGAUAUCCUAUGAAGGCUUGUUUUACGUUGCGUAUUCUAUUUUGCUGGUCAUUUGGGUUCGCCUGGAGUACCGUAUCGAGACUUUUGGUAAAAGCCAAGCACCCAACGGAAACGGUUCUGUAAAGGCGGAUAAAAGCGAAAGCGUACCAAAUCGACCACUGCGUCUGUCAGACGCACGCGUAUCUCUCUUCUUCAUGGUGCUUCUUCAAUCAGCCUUCUUCAGCACUGGAAAUGUCGCGUCUAUCUCAUCAUUUAGCUUAGAGAGCGUUACUCGUCUGAUUCCGGUGUUUGAUCCGUUUUCUCAGGGAGCACUCCUCAUUCUCAAGCUAAUGAUCCCGUUUGCUCUCAUUUCGGCAAAUCUUGGCAUUUUGAACAAGCGACUUCGAAUUGCGCCGUCAGCAUUGUUCAUGGUUGUCAUGGCAAUCAGCGAUAUUUUGACUCUCUACUUCUUCUGGGUCGUUAAAGAUGAGGGUUCUUGGUUAGAAAUAGGAUCCACUAUCAGUCACUUUGUGAUUGCCAGUCUUCUAUGUGUGUUCGUUGCCGCACUGGAAGGGGCCAGCGCCAUGUUCAUCAGUGGAAUUGAUGUCAGUGAUGCGCCAUCUCUAGGCUCAGAAAGCCAGGCAAAUGGAAAGAAGAGCCUGGGAAAGGCACAGAAGUGAAGUGGCAUCAUUUCAGCAUACGGGGAGAUUGACGUUAGACUUCUUCCCAAAGCAUUACUGGAGGAGUGAUCAUCUUUUAUUUACUAAUUAUACCAGCUCGCAAUCUUUCCUGUACAACUAGAGGGUAGGCAGUUUUGCUGCGUUAUGAUUGCAUGACCGUAUUUUGGACUAGGUAGACUUCUAGACUUAGAAAUUAGGAGAGGCAUCAUCUUCACAUUUAAUUUUAUAAUUAGUUGGGCGGUUUGACCCUUUUCAGCCCCCCUCCCAUGCCUAUUUUAAUUUUAUACCCAAUUCCUC